ACUAAAACCCACGCUUUAAAGGCAAACAAAAAAACCCACACUCUCACAAAAAUGCUUCCUUUUUUAUGCACAUUUUUGGCCACAAACCAAACAUGGAAUUGAGCCAAGAAGGCGCCUUGCGUGAAUUUUGAUUCACAAUUCAAAUUUCUAGCCAUAUAUUGGAUGAAAAUCUUGGAGGGAUUUCAUACGAUACGAUAAAACAAGAGUGUCUGUGUCUGUGAGGAACACCAAGAAACGCUGAAACAGGGCUCAAGAGAUACAGAGAGAGUGGAAGUGUAAGUGGCAUUGUUUUCAAAUUCGAGAAAAUGGGUGAAUCAGCCUGUCUAAUGAGAUCGUUCUCUAGCCCUUCUAAGUGUUCCAGUGAAGUCAAAGAGGGGGACCCCCUUCGUUGCCUAGGAGAAUCAAUCUCCUUCGGCAGGUAUAUGUCAGAACCUCUUGCUUGGGAGAAAUGGUCAGCGUUUUCCCACAAUCGCUACUUAGAAGAAGUCGAAAAGUUUUCCAAACCCGGCUCUGUUGCUGAGAAGAAGGCUUAUUUUGAAGCUCACUACAAGAGAAAAGCUGCUGAGAAAGCAGCAGCCUUGCUUGAGGUAACAAAUGCAAGUGCCAGUAAUGUCUCAGAGUCAGUAAAUAUGUACAAAAAUUGUGACAGCUUCUCCAACAUAGAGUCGGCGAAUGGAGAGAGCCAUAUGGUUGUCGAUAAACAACAGGAAAAUUUUGUGCCAAAUUCUGAGGUAGUAGUAUGCCCAGCUGAUAUGAGUGGCCCUAAUCCAAAUGUUGAAGGGAAUCAAUUGGAUGUUUCCAUGGUGGACGGAGCAGAAGCAGUGGUUCAAGAAAAUGUUAAUUUGGCGAAUCCUAUUCAGGUUGAAAUCUCAAACGAGUUGGAAAAUGACAAAGACCAAGACGAUAUUGUUGCCACCCAAGAAGAGAAGAUUCCAAAUAAGGAAGCAGUUGGCGAGGAGAAUCUAGCUUCAACGAACAAGAAAAGAUUGAUAAACUCUUCCCCAAGGUUAUCCACUAAAGGUAUAGCAUCCAAGGCCCCGAUGUCUCCUGCCAAACAAGCAACUCGUGUGCAAACCAUAAAUGGGAAAAAUGUCACUCAAAAGGGUAAGAAAUUUUCGUCAGACUUAGUUGACAAGAGGAGAUUGACUGGAAAAUCUCUCCACAUGUCAAUCCAUUUCAGUUCUCAUGCUGGUGAAAGUGAAACCAGUAAAAUAACUUCACCAGUUGUGGAGAAGACCAGAAAUUCAAGAAGUAAUACUACUAUGUUUAAUAUCUCCAUGAAUAAGCCGGCUUCUCGACAAAGUACAGCUAGGGCAUCUGUUAAUGGGGUAUUAAAGCAGUCUUCAGCAGACCUAUGGUCCAUAGAUAGAAGGGAAAAAACAUUACUUAAUAAGUCGGUGGCUGGUGCAAUUGCAGAUGGGAUAUGGACAUCCUCCUCAAAAGACCAAUCUUCUACUGCAAAUGGAACUAAACCACGACCCCCUAUUGCAUCAUGUCCUUUUAUCUUCAAGAGUCAAGAAAGAGCAGAAAAGCGUAAAGAGUUCUUUCAGAGGCUGGAAGAGAAGAAAAAUGCCAAGGAGGCUGAAAAUAAGCAGCUGCAACUGAGAUAUAAUAAAAAGGAAAAAGCUGUAGGGGAUGUUAAUAAACUGCGUCAGUGCACUGGCUUAAAAGCCAAACUAAAUCAAGAUCGGUCUUCAGGAUCACAAUUUCCAAGUAACCAGUUGAACAAGAUACCUCUGGCACAGCCUCGGUCACCAAAACUUGGAAGGCAGUCUACUCUCAGGAAGGCCCUGGACCCAAGCUCUAGGCCUUCAGUCAAUUCUCACAGCUCCAACUAUGCCACAAAAAAAUAUAAAGUGAGCACAAAUAGAUCAGUGCCUUCUAUUUUGAAGAAGAAUGCUCAUGAGAAUUCUCCUCCCAAUAUCCAGAGUUGAGGGUGUCUAGCUUAGGAAAGUGCAUGAAGAUUGAUUGACUCCGACGGUUACCACUCUCUAACCAAGAAGAAAGGAAAAGGAAAAUAAAAAAAAUUACGGCCCACAAGGGCCAGAACUACUAUUUGUAAGCAGGGCGUGUAUUUGUGAGGUCUGUCAAUUAGAAAUUUUGUAGGGCUCAUCUUUCAUUUUUAUGUUUGCUUCUUUGUUCUUUGUUCUUUUGGCGAUUGUAAAUAGCUUUUAACCGCACUGGUCAUGAUUAAUAUAUAAA